UCUUGACAGGCUUGUGGUGUGAUAGUUUGGAUUUGACUGUUUCAUCCUGUGGAUUCUGUCUGAUGCCAUGUCAGAGGAGUUUUAGUUGUUUUUGAGCGUGUGUGUGUAUGUGUGUGUGUGUGAUAGAUAAUUCUGCCUGCCAGUCCUGUGCGUUCAGAACCGAUUGAAGAAAUAAGGAGAGGUGCUGAACAAACUUCUUCCUAGUGGGCACCUGCGGGGCUGGGGAUGAGGCAGGCCGAAUGGAAGCCUUGGCAAACCCAGUCCUUCCUGGCAGGUCCCCUCCUGGCCUGUUGCUGCAGAUGCAACAAGUAUCUGAAUGCCUUGCUCCCGCGCGGAGUGGCCCUGUGCAGUGGUUGGGGCGUGACACCCCAGUCUGCAGGGUGCCUGAAGGCUUCCAUCUCGGGCCAAGAUUCAGGUGAUGACAGCCCUGUACUUCCUUUGGGCCUUGCGCCAGCAGGUGUCUUCGUGCUGGGCCAAGUUGGGUUUCCUGGGCGCACUAUCUCAGGGCUUCCCCCCAGGCCCUAAUGGGCCAGACUCCCCAGCACCCAGGAUGUCCACCUUUGUCUUAGCCAGACCUGCUACAUGACAGGAGCCCGUGAUUCACCAAGUUUUGCCAGUGGAUUGUGCCCCACAAGGUGUGGAUUCAAACAGCAUCAUCAGGCACGGCCGGAGCACAGGGAGAGGGGCGGCAGCCGCCUGUCGUGUGUCACGUCAGCGUCAUGUAACUGCGCUCUUCUGAAUAAAGGCGAUUUGCCAACUUUCUAGCUAAAUGGGAUUUAAUCUUUAGGGCUUUUGCAAGUUUUUCCAAUAAAGUAUUCACAAAUAGGGAAAACCUCUUAUUUCUACACUGUCCUAGUGUAUGUUUUGGAAAUCAUUCUGCCCUCCAAGAGCUGGCAGUUCCUUGAGACGAGAGAAACUAGUACCCAACAGAACAGACCCAGAUGUCCGCCUGUUUGGUUGAGGUGGUAAAUGCUGAAAGUGUAAAACUGCCUUUUAAAAACCAUUUUCUCCAGACUUGCUUGCUGGCUGCCUGUGUGGUUUGCUGUGUUCUGUGUCGGCAUGGCUGCUAGUUUCCAACAGGAAAUCUUGGUGGCUGUCCAAUUUGUGACCCGAGAAGUAGCUGCUAAGUGUCUGGAAUGCUGACUCGAGGCUGGUUUGUGUUCUAAGGUCCCGGAGCAGUCCUGCCCGCCAUGGACCCAGACCCCCAGGCAGGCGUGCAGGUGGGCAUGCGUGUAGUGCGCGGCGUGGACUGGAAGUGGGGCCAGCAGGAUGGCGGUGAGGGCGGCGUGGGCACGGUGGUGGAGCUUGGCCGCCACGGUAGCCCCUCGACCCCUGACCGCACGGUAGUCGUGCAGUGGGACCACGGCACUCGCACCAACUACCGCGCAGGCUACCAGGGCGCGCACGACCUGCUGCUGUACGACAACGCCCAGAUCGGCGUCCGCCACCCCAACAUCAUCUGUGACUGCUGCAAGAAGCACGGCUUGCGGGGCAUGCGCUGGAAGUGCCGCGUCUGCUUCGACUACGACCUGUGCACGCAGUGUUACAUGCACAACAAGCACGACCUUGCCCACGCCUUCGAGCGCUACGAGACGGCUCACUCCCGCCCGGUCACGCUGAGUCCCCGCCAGGGUCUCCCAAGGAUCCCGUUGAGGGGAAUCUUCCAGGGGGCGAAGGUGGUGCGGGGCCCUGACUGGGAGUGGGGCUCGCAGGACGGAGGGGAAGGGAAGCCAGGCCGAGUGGUGGACAUCCGUGGCUGGGACGUGGAGACAGGCCGGAGCGUGGCCAGUGUGACGUGGGCCGACGGCACCACCAAUGUGUACCGUGUGGGCCACAAGGGCAAGGUGGACCUCAAGUGUGUGGGCGAGGCGGCUGGUGGCUUCUACUACAAGGAGCACCUCCCAAGGCUCGGCAAACCGGCAGAGCUGCAGCGCAGGGUGAGUGCUGAUGGACAGCCUUUCCAGCACGGGGACAAGGUUAAGUGUCUGCUGGACACAGACAUCCUGAGGGAGAUGCAGGAAGGCCACGGCGGGUGGAACCCCAGGAUGGCGGAGUUUAUCGGACAGACGGGCACCGUGCACCGCAUCACGGACCGUGGGGAUGUGCGUGUGCAGUUCGGCCAUGAGACCCGCUGGACCUUCCACCCUGGGGCUCUCACCAAGCACAAUGCCUUCUGGGUGGGCGAUGUGGUGCGGGUCAUCGACGACCUUGACACAGUGAAGCGGCUGCAGGCCGGGCACGGCGAGUGGACAGACGACAUGGCCCCUGCCCUGGGCCGCAUCGGGAAGGUGGUGAAAGUUUUCAGAGAUGGUAACCUGCGCGUGGCGGUCGGUGGUCAGCUGUGGACCUUCAGCCCCUCCUGCCUGGUGGCCUACCGGCCCGAGGAGGAUGCCAACCUUGAUGUGGCCGAGCGCGCCAGGGAGAACAAAAGCUCCCUGAGUGUCGCCCUGGACAAGCUUCGAGCCCAGAAGAGUGACCUCGAGCACCCAGGGAGACUGGUGGUGGAGGUGGCCCUGGGCAGUAUGGCCGGGGCUCUGGACCUGCUGAGGAGGCACCCAGACCAGGUGGACACCAAGAACCAGGGCAGGACUGCCCUGCAGGUGGCCGCCUACCUCGGCCAGGUAGAGCUGGUGCGGCUGCUGCUGCAGGCGCGGGCGGGCGCGGACCUGCCGGACGAGGAGGGCAACACGGCGCUGCACUACGCCGCCCUGGGGAACCAGCCGGAGGCUGCCCGGUUGCUCCUGAGCUCUGGGUGCGGGGCCAAUGCCCUGAACAGCACCCGGAGCGCAGCCCUGCACGUGGCCGUGCAGAGGGGCUUCCUGGAGGUGGUGAGGGUCCUCUGUGAACGCGGCUGUGAUGUCAACCUGCCUGACGGCCAUGCCGACACACCUCUGCACUGUGCCAUCUCGGCGGGUGCUGGCGCCAGCGGCAUCGUGGAGGUCCUGACUGAGGUGCCGGGCAUCGAUGUCACUGCCACUAACAGCCAGGGGUUCACCCUGCUGCACCACGCAUCCCUCAAGGGCCACACACUAGCUGUUAGGAGGAUUCUGGCUCGCGCGCGACAGCUGGUGGAUGCCAAGAAGGAGGAUGGCUUCACGGCCUUGCACCUGGCCGCCCUCAACAACCACCGGGAGGUGGCCCAGAUUCUCAUCCGAGAGGGCCGCUGUGACGUGAACGUCCGCAACCGGAAGCUGCAGUCCCCACUGCACCUGGCCGUGCAGCAGGCGCACGUGGGGCUGGUGCCGCUGCUGGUGGACGCGGGCUGCCGCGUCAACGCCGAGGACGAGGAGGGGGACACGGCCUUGCACGUGGCACUGCAGCGUCAUCAGCUGCUGCCCCUGGCGGCUGAUGGGGCCGGGGGGGACCCGGGGCCCUUGCAGCUCUUGUCCAGGCUACAGGCCUCGGGCCUCCCGGGCAGCGGGGAGCUGACGGUGGGCGCGGCCGUCGCAUGCUUCCUGGCGCUGGAGGGCGCCGACGUGAGCUACGCCAACCACCGCGGCCGGAGCCCGCUGGACCUGGCCGCCGAGGCCCGCGUGCUCAAGGCCCUGCAGGGCUGCGCGCAGCGCUUCCGGGAGCGGCACGCGGGCGGCAGCGGGGGCGCGGCACCGGGCCUGAGGCUGGUGCUCGGCACCCCCAACACCGUGACGAACCUGCACGUGGCCGCGCCGUCGGGGCCCGAGGCCGCCGAGUGCCUGGUGUGCUCGGAGCUAGCGCUGCUGGUGCUGUUCUCGCCGUGCCAGCACCGCACGGUGUGCGAGGAAUGUGCACGCAGGAUGAAGAAAUGCAUCAGGUGCCAGGUGGUCAUCGGCAAGAAGCUGCGUCCAGACGGCACGGAGGUGGCCAGCGCGACCCCGGCGCCCGGCCCGCCGCGGCAGCUGGUGGAGGAGCUGCAGAGCCGCUACCGGCAGAUGGAGGAGCGCAUCACCUGCCCCAUCUGCAUCGACAGCCACAUCCGCCUCGUGUUCCAGUGCGGCCACGGCGCGUGCGCGCCCUGCGGCGCCGCGCUCAGCGCCUGCCCCAUUUGCCGCCAGCCCAUCCGCGACCGCAUCCAGAUCUUCGUGUAGCCCGCGCCCCCCCCCGUCCCCCGCCUCGCCCGCCCCGCCACGUUCCGGAGCCACGUCCCGCCGUCGCCUACGCAAGCCCCCACCCGUGUUUUAUAAAAAGAUUCUCGGACUUUUCCGCCUGGUGCCUGCCUGGGGCGAGGG